AACUCAAAGUACGCAACCGAAUGGGCUGAAAUGGACUUUGUUUGGAUGGCUUAUGCCAUAGUCGAAAUUUGUGUACAAUUUGCAAGGGUAUCCCUCUUAUUGCACUAUAAUCAAGGCGUCCAAAAUCAAAAAAGACGUGCUGUGGUUUUAUUUACCUCAUUUAGGCACAUCAACGAGCGACUUGAGCCCACAAUUGGUCGUUUCAUUACACAGUUAUCUGCGGAUCCUCGGAAUCAUAUCAUUUGUGGUAUAAUACCAUUAAAAAUGAACGUCAUGAUGGCGAUGUUCGUUAUGGUCUCAACACUAUUCAUAUUCCUAGUACAAUACGAUAUCACUUACGAAGCUUUAAUGAAUGCUGAAAUAAAACAUGAACACCUUAAACUUUAA